UAAUGACUAUAUGCGGAAUUUUAUCGUACGCAUGUGUCGCUAUGUACAACAGUGCCCGCUUAGUGCGGUUCCAUAUCCCCCACUAGUUAUUUAAGUAUAGGAUCUUAUGGCAAAUAGUAUACUAAAUAAGCUUUUGCUGUAUCUCACUCGCACUCAAUACUUUCCGUUUCAAUUCUCAAAUAAUCCAGAAACAAGGGAGGUAAAGAAAGAGACAGUCGAUGAUUCUUGGAAAUUCGCAUACCCGGAUAGUUGUAGCGAUAAGGUCCAGUACCCGUCGCAGCUAAGCGGGGACUAUUGUACGGACUACGUGUAUUUUAAUCCUACGUGGCAAUAUUUAUCAGUAAUGAUUGUAUUCUAUCUUUACUCCCUCAUACCAACAUGUAGUCAUCAGAAUCAAAUUUAUUUAUAAAUGUGUUUUGCUAUGAACACAUUUUAACUAAGACAAUUGAAGGGUAAUGCAAAGAAAAAGAAAGAAACUAGCAACAAUGAGAGCUGUUAUUCUUGUUGGAGGAUAUGGAACUAGAUUAAGACCCCUUACAUUAAGUCGGCCAAAGCCAUUAGUUGAAUUUGCUAAUAAACCAAUGCUUCUGCAUCAAAUAGAAGCUCUGGUAGAAACAAAUGUGACAGAGGUAAUAUUAGCAGUAUCUUAUCGGGCAGAAGAAAUGGAAAAAGAUUUGAGUGAAAAAGUUAAAAAGUUAGGAAUACGUUUAAUCUUUUCGCAUGAACCAGAACCACUUGGCACUGCAGGACCACUUGCACUUGUACAUGAUUUAUUGUGUUCAGGAGAUGAACCAUUUUUUGUUUUAAACUCAGAUAUUAUUUGUGACUUUCCAUUUAUGCAACUCUUGGAAUUUCAUAAAAGUCAUGGUAGAGAGGGCACUAUAAUAGUAACUAAAGUAGAAGAACCAUCAAAGUAUGGUGUAGUGGUUUAUGAAGAUGAUGGAAAAAUAGAAAGUUUUGUAGAGAAGCCACAGGAAUUUAUUUCCAAUAAAAUUAAUGCAGGCAUGUACAUUUUUAAUCCAAGUGUCUUAAAAAGAAUAGAAUUGAAACCUACCAGUAUAGAAAAAGAAAUUUUUCCACACAUGGCUCGGGAUGGAGAACUAUAUGCAAUGGAAUUAGCAGGAUUUUGGAUGGAUGUUGGACAACCAAAAGAUUUUCUUAAAGGAAUGAGUAUGUACCUUACAUCUCUAAGACAAAGAUCUCCAGAAAAGUUAUAUUCUGGUCCAGGUGUAGUAGGAAAUGUCUUAAUAGAUGAAACAGCAAAGAUUGGAAAAGAUUGUAGAAUAGGACCUAAUGUUACAAUUGGCCCUGAUGUUGUAUUAUCUGAUGGUUGUUGCAUUAAAAGAAGCACUAUUCUUAAAGCAGCUGUAAUAAAAGAGCAUGCAUGGCUAGAUGGGUGCAUUGUAGGUUGGAGAAGUGUUGUGGGGCGUUGGGUACGAAUGGAAGGUACCACAGUACUUGGUGAAGAUGUAAUUGUUAAGGAUGAAUUAUAUAUUAAUGGAGGUCAAAUUUUGCCUCACAAGAAUAUUUCCAGUUCUGUACCAGAACCACAAAUAAUCAUGUGAUCAAAAACAAUAUUUUAAAAAGAUAUACUGAACAUGAUGAGUGACCAAAUUACAAGACAUUUUAUAAAAUUUUUACUA